AUGAAAUCCAACCCCAAGAGCAAGCUGGAUUCUGUCAAGGGCUCAGCAGCACAUCCGGACCAUGUCGAGAGUCAUAGAGGGGGAAUGAAAACAAAUGAAGCAGAGACAAUGCUCAAGGAAUUGAACGGACCAGGGAAGAGAAAAGGGUUGCGAAUAAACCGCAAGAAGACACAAUUCAUGAAGAACGUCAACUGCGAGGAUGGACGAGUACAACUAGAAGGCUUCCAAAUAGUUGGAACACCAUCAUAG